AUGGUGCUGCUGUUCGUGCUACUGCUGUUGCUGGUUCUGCUGAUGCUGUUGGUAGUUCUCCUGCUCAUGCUGCUGCUGAUACUCGUGGUGCUGGUGGUUGUGGUGGUGCUGCUGAUGGUCCUUCUGCUGGUAGUGCUGCUGGCGGUAUUGCUGUUAGUGAUGGUGCUGCUGCUAAUGGUGGUGCUGCUGCUGGUGUUGCUGAUGCUGGCACCUGCUGCUGCUACUGGUGCUACUGCAAGUGAUGGUGCUACUGCUUGUGGUGCUGCAACUGGUGUUGCUGGUGCUGCUGUUACUAGUGCUGUUGCUACAGAUGUUGGUCCUUCUGGUGCUCCUGCUGCGGAUGGUGAUGGUGCUGCUGCUGCUGCUGUUUAA